AUGUGUGAAAAGCAAAUACCAGCAAAAGUUUGGAUUAGACGAGCACGUCAAUGGAUAUACCACUUAACUUGUUUUAAAUGUGAAUAUUGUCACAGACAAUUUAAUACCAACGAUCCGUUUGUAUUGGAUGACACUGUUUUAAGAAAAUCAGAAAUUCAUGAAGCGAAUGGUUAUGGCUUAGUUCCAAGAUUACUUUGUAAAAUACAUUAUAUGGAAUUAAUUUUGGGUAGCCAACCAAAAACUAAACGAAUACGUACAACCUUUGGUGAAGAACAACUUUCUAUUUUACAAGAAAAUUUUAAAAUCGACAGUAAUCCGGAUGGGGCCGAUCUUGAACGAAUUGCUAGAUUGACUGGGUUGACAAAGCGUGUGACUCAAGUUUGGUUUCAGAACUCCCGAGCUCGUCAAAAGAAAUAUUGUGUAACUGGCAGUAGUAACGGAGACGGAAAUACCUCGACAAACACUAAAACUUGUGGAAGUUCAAGUAAUUCAAAUUGUUCAGCAAAUGGGUUUGGAAAUAGUGGAAUUGUUGGAAGUUUUUGUCGUUCAAUAACAACAACACCAAUUUCUUCCUCUCCUAAUGGGCCUAAUAGCCCUUUUGAAGCUGUAAUUUUUGGAGAGGAGGAAAAUGAUAAUAAUGAGAGAGUAGAGAUGGAAAUAACUGGAGAACCGGCUGAAAUGAAAUAAAUUUUUUGAAAUUAAUUUAAAAAUUUUAACUUGGUUAUUCUUCUUCCUCAGGCUUUGUGAAAUACUCUCCCCCUCUAACCAG